AUGGCUGGGCAGCAAGCCGACCUGCGGCCCGAGGCCCGUUACGCCAAGGGCACAGAAGUGCUUGAACUGCACGGCGCCGUGCCAUACGAAGCCAAGGUCUCCAAUGUCAAGUGGAGCACAACGCAAGGCUGCUGGCUUUACACCCUCUCCUACCGCGGCUUCAACAAGCGGUAUGAACCUUUCCCAGAUGCCUCGCACUGUCGCAGUCCCCAUGCCCUCUGCAUGCCACUCACGUCGAUGCUCGGGGCUCAACCAUACAGCUAUAACAAGGAACGACGUGAAGAUGAAUUUUACGAAGCCACGCCGGAAGCCAAGGCUGAAGCCAAGCACAUUCGGGAUGGCGCCAUGGCCGAGGAAAAGCGACGCAAGGAAGCUCGCAAGCUCGCCCGUAAAGCUGGCAAAAAGAAACGAACUCCAAACGCCACCCCAACCCUUGGCCACCGGCCCAAUGCCUCACGACGUGGCACCGCAUCAACACCUCAAGGGUCGCCCACCGUGACGCCAUUCACCCAAUCCGCAACCAAAUCUGGCCGUGCUUCAGCCACAGACGUCGUCAGCGCCACAGACCUCGGCAAAGUGUACGCCCGCCCAUCCCGCUUGAUUGAUGCCCACAUCCACCAGCACCUCCAAAACUGUUAUCAUGCCAUUAUGACAGAACACAAGCUUCACCCGCUGCCUCGGCCCAAGCCAUUGGCAGCCAUCUGCGCCGACUUUCUCGCACGCCCUGGCAAUCGCCGGCCUGAAAAUAUCAAAGCCGAAGAGACAAUGUGCACAAGCAUGCAGGCUUUGUUCAAUGCCACCCUUGGGCUGCGUCUAACCACCACCGCCGAACGGGUGCAGCUCAAGGCCUUGGAGCGUCUGCUGGAGUUUAUCAACAAGAAUAAGGUGGAAUUUUUUCCCGAUGAUCUUGAGAAUGCAGCGCCCGACUACCUGCGCCUCUGUGCCUUUGCUGGCAUGUAG